GGUUUGUAGUAUAAUGUAUUAAGACCCCUGAUAGUGUCUAACGAAAUAUUUACCUUACCAUGUUUCAUUUAUUUCACUACUUGCCUUAAGUGUGAUUGCGUGUUAAAUGUUACUGCAGCAUAUAUCCAUUGGCUCUGGCGUCUCAAUAGGAAUAGUGUCAUGAACGGGCGUGGCGCGCCAUUUCUAGUAGCGGCGUGUGUGCUUCUCCUGCAGUUGGGUGCGCUGCACGGCGGAUCUCUGCCGCACAUUAGCCAAUGCAACUUCUGCUUUGAGUGUGAACCUACGCCGCCUAAGGCGUCCACACGCCACCGCACUGUCCUAGACCGCGGCGGGGGACCCAAGUUGGGUGCUGGCGGCGCUGCGGGCGUAGCCGACGGUCUUGUGGGCACACUCACAGACCCCAAGUGGGCCACGGAGCCUGACACCGCCUAUGAAGCGGCCGCCAUCGCCUCGGGCAUCCCGGGCGCGCUGGUGGACCCGCUGUCUGUGCAGCCUGAGAUGAUUGGCCCACUUGACCACGAGGCCAAGCAGCGGCUGCCCAACUGCACCCGCUGCACCGGCUGCAGCACGGUGCUGACCGACAUGCACGCCGCGCCCGUGGUUGCGGAGGGACUUGAGGGACUAGCAUUCAUGCAUGGCAAGGGCGCCACCAACGGCUGGCUGUUCUUCGGGAAGGUGGCAGGCGGCACGCGGCGCUUCAUCGUCAAGGUGUACUGCAUGCCGUACUCCAAGGCGCACGGGCGGCCCCAGGAGUGCGCCAACGAGGUGUACACGGAGCGCAUGAGGCUUAUGAUGGCACAGGUGCGCCUCGCGGACGAAUGUGGUGCCCCGGGCAUCACGCCACGGGUGUGGGUGGCUCCAGUGGAGGCGAUCAUCCCCAACGGCACCUUCCGCGGCUACCACGUUCGGUGGCACGGGCUUUGGAUGGAGGAGGCGCCCGGCAUCACGCUGCACGGCCUGCACACCACCCGUGGCGCUGAGAAUGCCAUGUACGAGCUGUUGACCAAGAAGAUGAACAAGACACAGGUAAUCCAGCAGACGGUGCUGGACCUGCUGACUGCCCAGUGCGACCGGCACAGUGAAAACGUGUUCAUCACGCCCGCCGGCGACCUUACAUUCAUUGACAACGACCGCGCAUUGGGCGUGGUCACUCGCUGUGGGGGCGACUCCAUGCUGCUGCCCGGCAACAGGUACCACACGCAGCUCCGCCUGGGCUACUGGGGGCCCACGAUGCAGUACUACAAGGCGCACGCCGGCAAGCCCAACUUCUGCACGGGGCCCAUUGACAUGCGCGUGGUGAUGGACUACCGCUGUUACGUGCCGGGCGGCAAGAUUGGCGUCGACUACCCUCCCGGGCUUAAGAGCUGCAUGGAGGCGCUGGCGCGGCACAAGACGCCGGACAUCAUGCGGCGCUACGGGUUCAGCAGCCGCAAGCCCGCAGAGAUCCUGCUGCGGCGGAGUCGCGACAUGCUCACGAUGGGCUUUGAGGGCGCGCUGGCGCACAGCCCGCCGCGCUCCGCCGCACGCUACGUGUACGAGGCGCAGCCGCCCUGCUGCGGCAUUGUACUGGACAUGCGCGGCACGCCCCGCUGCGCCCAGUGCUGGAAGCCCAUUAUUGAGGCGCAGAAGGACAGCGUUAAAGACAACAGCACCGCGGCCAGGGUCAAGGAGGUGUUGGUCCGGGAAGAUGAGUAGUUUGCUAAGUGUUAGAAGUGAAAGAGCAGGUCCUGUGCAAGACGACGGCAGUGGGCUCAACCAGGGUCCCUCAACGCACGAAACACGCAUGGCCACGCGCCUUCAGGGACGCAGGAAAGCCUGGUGCAAUGCGCACUGUACGCAUGCGCUGCGAACUUCGAAUGCGGUGUGAAACCCCUCAUGCUGGCGCUCGGUGGGCAACCCGCAACCCGAGUGCAUCGUGGUAGAUAUCAUACACUGUGUAUGUUUGCUGCUUGUGACAUAAUGUGGGGAAGGCGCACAAGGGCACGUGCACUUGCUUCGCCGCAGCUUGGCAUCCGCCCCGCGGCGGUUUGGGAUGUUCAAAGGCCGCGGUUAGCCCUUAAGCAGUGCACACAGUAUAGACGGGUGAGGGGGCCAUGUCCGCGGUGUAAGCGAUGAGGCAGGGUGGCAGACUUCGAGGGCACACUCGGUGGGCCUCUCAACAUGGACACGCAUGCCGAUGAUAUCACCGUCACGGGACCUCAACAUGUUCUGGUGCUGGCAGCUGAAAUAGCCAUUCGCCCAUGUGGGCGCACGGAGCAUGAGAGGGGGCGAUGUGACAAGGGGUGGCCUGGCAGGAGUGAUGAGGAAGAAAGUGGCUCUCCCUCUCAAGAGGAGAAGUGGGCUGUGCCGCCACGCCACGUUGGUGCAAUG